GUCAAACGGAGCUGGACGUGCUGGCGGCGCCGGCGGCGGCUCCGCGGGCUCCGGUCGCUCCCGCCUCCACAGCGCUACUGGCGGUCGCGGCCGCGAACCGGGGCCGGCCCGAAGGAGCGGAGUGUCCCCACUACCCUCCCAUAUCGGUCUUGGAGGUCCCAUAAAUGGCUGCAUGUUUGUGAACUUACCAUAUUGUCGCACGCUUGAGUGAAGAGCCCAGAAGGGCAUGGCUUCCAGCUUCUCAGAGCUGAGUCUCCAGCAGAGGAAAAAGAAAUGACUGUUGGGGGCCUUGCUCCAGGUCUGUUACGGGGACUGAACCUUCGCUGGGUGCGAGCUUGCUCAGGACAGGAAAGCUUCUCUCUUUGAAGGGCUUUGCAUUUGUUACAAAGAAAAUAAAGAUGACGACUUCGUCAAUCAGACGGCAGAUGAAAAACAUUGUGAACAAUUACUCAGAAGCAGAAAUAAAAGUGCGGGAAGCCACCUCCAAUGACCCCUGGGGCCCAUCCAGCUCCCUGAUGACCGAGAUCGCGGACCUGACCUACAACGUGGUGGCCUUCUCGGAGAUCAUGAGCAUGGUGUGGAAGCGGCUCAACGACCACGGCAAGAACUGGCGGCACGUGUACAAGGCGCUGACGCUCCUGGACUACCUCAUCAAGACGGGCUCGGAGCGGGUGGCUCAGCAGUGCCGGGAGAACAUCUUCGCCAUCCAGACCCUGAAGGACUUCCAGUACAUCGACCGCGACGGCAAGGACCAGGGCAUCAACGUGCGGGAGAAGUCGAAGCAGCUGGUGGCCCUGCUCAAGGACGACGAGCGGCUGAAGGCCGAGAGGGUCCAGGCCCUCAAAACCAAAGAGCGCAUGGCCCAGGUGGCCACCGGGAUGAGCAGCAACCAGAUCACCUUUGGACGCGGCUCCAGCCAGCCCAACCUCUCCACCACCUACUCAGAGCAGGAGUAUGGCAAGGCCGGGGGAUCGCCAGCCUCCUAUCACGGCUCGCCCGAGACCUCGCUGUGCCCCCAGCACCGCACGGGGGUCCCGCUGGGUCAGAGCGAGGAGCUGCAGCCGCUGAGCCAGCAUCACCCCUUCCUGUCGCACCUGGGGCUGGCCUCCCACCCAAAUGGUGACUGGGCCCAGCCCUGCCUCACUUGUGACUGCGCAGGCCGAGCCACUUCCCCUCGGGUGUCCUCCGAGCUGGAGCAGGCCCGGCCCCAGACUAGCGGAGAAGAGGAACUGCAGCUGCAGCUGGCGCUUGCCAUGAGCAGAGAAGUAGCUGAGCAGUUACCCCAGCUUCAAGUGCAUUGUCCUCUCCAGGAAGAGCGCCUCCGGCGCGGCGAUGACCUCAGGCUGCAGAUGGCGCUGGAGGAGAGCCGGAGAGACACCGGCAGAGUCCCGAAGAAGCCGGAGCCCAGCUCCUACCCACAGCAGACCACUCUGUUGGAUUUAAUGGACGCCCUCCCCAGCUCAGGCCCUGCUGCCCAGCAAGCUGAGCCCUGGGGCCCGUCAGCCUCAGCUAGCCAGACCAACCCCUGGAGCGGGCCCGCAGCCCCCGCCAGCACUUCGAGUCCUUGGCCAUGCGGUGCCCAGCCAGCUUCCUCUGUGGACCCGUGGGGAGGGCCCCCCGGAACCAGCACACACUCCAGCUCCACGAGCUCGGAUUCCUGGGCGGCCCCGCAGCAGCCUGCCCACGGCGCCGAGAGGGCAGCGGACGCCUGGACAGCAGCCUCUGCCGCCAAGCCUGCAGCCGCCUCUGGGGCCUUCGAUGUCUUCAGUAAUGUGAAUGGGACAAUGAAAGAUGACUUUUCCGAAUUUGACAAGCUCCGAACUUCAAAAAACACAGCCGAGGCGGUGGCCUCUCUGCCUUCCCAAAAAAGCGGAACUACAAGCCCCGACCCCUUCGAGUCUCAGCCCCUGACCAUGACCGCGAGCAAGUCCAGCAGCGCCCGGAAGACCCCCGAGUCCUUCUUGGGCCCCAACGCGGCCCUGGUGAACCUGGACUCCCUGGUGACCAGGCCGGCCCCGCCGGCCCAGUCCCUCAACCCUUUCCUGGCACCAGGUGCAGCUGCGGCUUCGGGCCCCGUCAACCCCUUCCAGGUGAACCAGCCGCAGCCGCUGACGCUGAACCAGCUGCGGGGGAGCCCCGUGCUGGGGACCAGCGCGUCCUUCGGGCCUGGCCCAAGUGCGGAGCCCAUGGCUGUGGCCUCCAUGACCUCCACAGCCUCACUCCCAGCCCUGGGGGCCGGCAGUUCCUCCCUGGCGCCCCUGGGCCCUGCCACAAGGAACAUGGUGGGCAGCAUGGGCGCCCCCCCAGCGGCAGCUCAGGCUGCUGGCACGACCAACCCUUUCCUUCUCUAGUGCCCAGGGCCUGUGCCAGGACGCCAGCAGGACUCACUCGAGCGGUGUCAGGGCCGGGGGUCGUUCCAGUCUGCUUCCUGGUGGAGGGGUCUCCUGCGCAGCCCUGUCCUCCGGCGUGCGGAGCCUCCCAUCCGGAGGGGCUCUGCGCGCCCUGACCCAGCGGCACCCUCCGCCUCCCGGGCAGGGCCUGGCUCCUGGGGUCCUCAGUGUCGCCCUUGCCGUCAGCCUCAGCCGGAGGGUCUCGGGGACACGGCCUCGCCCAGGACCGGGGGCGGCCGCCUUGUCUCUGCCCUGCGCCCCGGCCCUGCCGCCAGGUCGGUGGGAGGACGAGCUGGCUCCUCAGACCUUUGGGGAAGUGGUUGUGCAUCUUUGACUCGUGUGUGAGUUCAGAGGAGACGCCCGGGGACGACUCGCGUUCAGCCGCCAGAGCGAGCUUUAAACUAACCCGGCGUAAGCCGCCACGCGGCUCGAGGCUUGUGUACGUUUGCACACGUUUUGUUUAGUACCGUUUCAUAUUUGAGUUUGCAGAAUUAUCUAACAGUCCUUUUUGGCUAAUAUUUUUAUAACGUGGUUCUUAUUUAACUGUCUAGUUUUGAUAGAAUUUACCAGGUCUGGCUGAAUUAAGAUAUUGGCACAUGUUAUGUUAGUUUCAAUUCUCUUAUUUAUGGUUUUAACUCUAUAAGAAAAUUUAAAUAGGAAGAGUCAAAAAAAUGCCUUAUGGAAAACUAAAGCAAAUUCUUUAUAGGAAAAAAAUGUGAGAGUUUGAUUACACUUAAAAGAUGAUGUUUAUUUAAAAAAACACUACAACAGCAACAAAAAAACUCUAGCCUCCAGUUGCCUUUUCCUUUAAUUCCCUUUUUUGGUAAAUUACCAAACUGAUUAACUUUCAGCCUUUUCGGCUAGAUGCUAAGAAGAAACUAUUUUUCUUACUGAUACACCAGCAUCAAGAAAGUUAAGAAAAAAGUCUACUGUCUGAAUGUGACCCCCAGUGUUAUCAGCUGACCCCUUUUUAACUGGGCGGCACGGUCAGCGGGACUUCCCUCACGGUGGGAGCGUGAGAGGAAGAGACAUCCCGGACCACUUGUCUGUGAUCUCCUGUCUGAUUCUCGCUCAGGUAAAGGGGGGCGGGUGUGGAGAUGGCAGGUGGCUGGGGCUCGUGGCUGAGAUGGGCGAGGGACCAGGGCUGGCCCUGACUAACUCCAGACACAGCACAGACUUAGAAUCCACCAUCUCUUAUUUUGGAGAAGAAAACCAUCCUCACCCAAGAUAGACGUUAACAAACGUGCCCUUACGUCACCUCCCUCCCCCUCCCGCGCCCCUCACCCAGCCUCCACGAUGAACAAGUAUUAGGUCAUAAACCAUGGACCAGAACAGACUGCCUUUCCUAGGGGAGGGCAUUCUCCCUCACAUUCCACCGGGGUGCCCUGGCCUCACCCCAGGGCAGCGACCACCAUGAGCCCUCGGAGCGGGCCUCGGCCCCUGCCUGCCUCUCGAGGGAUCUGCCGGCCCUGGGCCUGGAGAGACACGGAGGCCACGUGACUGCCUGGGCCCCUCGCGUUUCCUGCUUCUGUCGCCAGUGCUGCUCCCUGAGGCUCCGGGGCUCAGGCCGGGCCUGUCGUGGGAGAGGCAGUGGCCUGGGGCAGGUGCUUCCCCAGGUACGGCCUGGCUGCCUCCCAGCCCCCAGCACGGCGAUGCCCCUGCAGUACGGCCCAGGACACCCGGCUGCCUGCACUGAUCAUGCCACUGCCAGCCGCUGGCACGCGAGCUGCACACAGGCCCUCGCUCCCCCCUGAGGGCUUCGGGUGGGUCCCCCCCGCCGUUUUCUCAGCCCCAGGGGCCGGCAGCUGGUUUUGAACUUGUGUCACUAUUGAUAUUUACUGUAUAAAUAUAAUUUAUCGUUUGUAUCAUGA